GGGACAAAGAUGAAUCGGCGUCCCCAGCACCACAGUGUUCCGACCCUGCUUUAUAAGCUCAGGGGAAAUAUGCGGCCAUUCUGGGGACACUGGCUCCAGAUGAAGAGCGUGUCGAUUCCCGCAAGUCCUUAGCGACCACCCUGCCGACUACCGAACCACCCAAUCACUGCGACAGCAUCAAGGAAAGCUGCCGCUUGCUGGCUCAUUAUCGCCAUAGUUAUCACGGUCAGGUGUGUGUGAAGGUUGGGGCCGGCUGCCUAGACGCUUCGUUCAAUGUCACCACAACGAUAAUGAUACGAGAAUAGGUUGCCGCAAGACACCCCUCGGUUCUUAGCAUAGACGAGGGGGAAGAUCCAAUCCAUGAGGAGAACACGCGCAGUUCGACACGUCAUUGGAUUGACAGCCUCCCUCCCUACGCCGGUAAACAACACCACAUCGCGAGCCAUAAGAAGCUUGGGAAGCCUCUCACCUGCCGUCAGCUUUACAUCUCGCACCGCUGCAAUUGCGAACCCGAGUACGAGGUCAAAAACAAAGAGUCUUCCACUACUUCAAUCUGGGAUCCAGGUACACCAGAAGAGACUCCUCAGGCUCGACCCUUCACCAGACAAGACUGUUCGAACGCAAGCCGGCAACAUGUCCUCUCCUCCGUACAAUGCCCUCACGCUCUACACGGCAGGAACCCCCAAUGGCUUGAAACCCACCAUUGUCCUCGAGGAACUGGGUCUCAAAUACGAUGUCCGCGGCAUCAACAUCAUGACCAAUGAACAAAAGGAGCCGUGGUUCCUCGAAAUCAACCCCAAUGGCCGUAUCCCCGCGCUCAAGGACGGUGACCUGCGGGUGUUUGAAAGCGGCGCCAUUAUGUUGUAUUUGACCGACAUGUAUGACAAGGAGAAGAAGUUCACAUACGAGUACGGGAGCGGGCUUUAUUAUGAGAUGAUGAGCUGGUUGAUGUUCCAAAUGGGCGGCAUUGGACCGAUGCAAGGACAGGCCAACCACUUCCGCGCCAUGGCACCGGUGUACUCUGCCUACGGCAUCAAGCGCUAUCUCGACGAAACCAAGCGCCUGUACGGUGUGCUGGAGAUCCGCCUGUCCAAGGCCGACUGGCUCGCUGGUGACAAGUACACGAUCGCCGACAUGGCAAAUUACGCCUGGGUCCGAGCGGGCCCGCUGUUCUUGGACAUCGACAUGAGCGAGUUCCCGGGGGUGGACAAGUGGAUGAAGCGCAUCGAGGAGAGGCCCGCGGUGCAGAGCGCCAGGAAGAUCCCGAACUCGAACCGUACGGACGAGGAGUUGACCAAGAUGAUUGAAGGCAUGAAGGCGCGCGUGGACGCGUUGAAAGGCACGGACAAGGACGAGCCCUCGAAGAUAUGAAAGCACCCCGCACCCCAGAAAGGAUCUAUGGCGCUUGGAAGCGUGGGUGUAUACUAGAUACGAGCCUGGACUCAUGCGGCGACACUGACCGGAAGGGACAUAUCAUGGGAUUUCCGCAGCCCAAUAUGACUGCUACCUUCACUCUCCCACUCAAGCUCAAGACUAAUCUGUUUGUUUUUUUUUACCUCUCAUGCAGCACAGCCUUGUCGAUCAGAAUACAGAGCAAUGCCGAUCCUGUGGCAUGUUACGGCUAUGGACAAGUCGUGACUGGGUGCGUGUCUGUCUCAC